GGAUGCGACGCCGGAGAACGUGGGGCGUCGAGGAAACGUGGGUAACAAAGGGGGCGACGACGGCGACGGAGGUAUUCGAGCUGUCACUGGCCAGUGGCAGCGAGCAGAUCUUGAAGAUUGGGGCACGGAGAAAUUCAACGUCGGUUUGAAGAGAUUUUCAAUGGGAGUCCGCCGAGUUAGGCCGCGGCGGUGGCAUCUCUGGAGGGGGCGACCGAAAAAGGCAACGGGGCGGUCUAGAAUGACGCAAAGGGGUACCAAUACCCAUUUCCAUAAAUGGCGUAGGUCAUGGAUUUCUACCCUGCACUUACUCCUUGCCCUCGAUCUCUUGCCUCUCUGCCUCCCUCCAUCGACCAUGGAUAGUUUUGCUGAACCAGACAAGUUUAGGUCCGCCGCUCCACUCAACCUCGCCGACGUCCGCGCAGAAGUCCUCCGUUUAGAACAGGACCACCGUGCAAAGGGCAUCCCGCUGUCCGGCCGUAUUCUCCACCUCUGCCAUUACCUCCCCGUCACGCUCGCCCUUUCGCCGCCCAACGACUCCACUGGCAUUCCCAGCCCGCCCGCCACCCCGCCCGCGAAAGCGUCUGACAUUCCUGAGAGCCCGACCGAUGCGGCCUCCCCUGCCCUUGCCACGCCGAAGGAAGAGUUCAAGUCGUCGGAGGGCAAGUGGAAGAUCGGCGGGAGAUACGGCCACAGUGCCAUGAUUUCUGGCAUUUCCUCUCUUGCCGCCACUCACGAGCAACUCAUUAUCGGCUGGACCGGCGACGUUGCUUCCACCGUGCCCAUAGAACUCCCGCCCGUUUCGUCGCGUACCGACGUUCCCGAGCAUCCUGAUCAUUCCCCUCAUCUUCACCACCGUACCGUCUCCUCAAUUGCCUCUAUCGCUACUGCUCAAGACGAUGAGGAAGAGACUGGUGCGGGUAAGAAGGUCCCGCUUGCUUCUAUUAGCGAGCAGGACCGAAAGUCGCUUGAGGAAACUCUUAAGGACUAUCCGGAAAAGAUACGAGGGCGUAAAGAGGGUGAAAAGGACACCGCCUAUGUUCCCGUCUGGAUCGACGACAAGGUCGCUCAUGGUCACUACGACGGUUACUGCAAGCAAACUUUGUGGCCGUUGUUCCAUUACCUGCUUUGGCAAGACGUAGCGACCGAGUAUGCAUCUGCAGAUCAACAUUGGCCGUCAUACUAUAAGGCAAACGAGGACUUUGCGAAGAAGGUCGCGGAGGUGUACAAGCCUGGUGACCUGAUAUGGGUCCACGACUACCACUUGCUACUUGUGCCUCUGCUAAUUCGGCAAAUGCUGCCCGAGGCUGCGGUAGGAUUGUUCGUGCACACGCCAUUCCCAAGCUCUGAAGUCUUCAGGUGUCUGCCUAGACGAAAGGAGAUCCUCGACGGCAUGCUCGGAGCGAAUUUGGUCUGCUUCCAGACCUACUCCUACUCUCGUCACUUCACUUCUUCGUGCGUGCGCGUCUGCGGAUACGAAACAACCUCCCGUGGGGGUAUUGAUGUCCAGGGCCACGUCGCCACGAUUUCCUACUGUCCGGUUGGCGUUGAUGCUGAACGUGUUGGUCGUGACGUUCUUCGACCCGGCAUCCAACCCAAACUAGAAGCACUACGUACGCUGUACGAAGGGAAGAAGAUCAUCGUCGGAAGAGACAAGCUCGACGUUGUCAAGGGUGUCGUGCAGAAGCUUCGCGCGUUUGAGAAGUUGUUGCAAGAUUACCCUCAAUGGAUUGGCCAUGCUGUCUUGAUCCAGGUGACGAGCCCUGCACUGUCAGAUUCACCGAAGUUAGAGAGGCAGGUGUCAGAGAUCGUCGCGCAUAUCAACGGGGAGUAUGGGUCACUGGACUUUAUUCCUGUCCAUCACUACCACCAAACGAUCAAGAAGGACGAGUUCUACGCGUUACUGAGUGUCGCUGACCUCGGCGUGAUCACACCUCUGCGCGAUGGCAUGAACACCACGUCAAUGGAGUUCGUCAUUGCUCAAGAACAGACCAAGAAGAGCCCGCUGGUGUUGUCCGAGUUCAUGGGAAUCUCGAACAACAUGAGUGAAGCGCUGCAGAUUAACCCUUGGAACCUGGGGGAAGUGGCGGCGGCUAUGCACCGGGGGCUGACGAUGUCGGACGAGGAGAAACUGCGAAGACACACGAGCCUGUACCAUACCGUAACGACCCAGACAUCGCAUACGUGGGCGGGGAUGUUGGCCAAGAUGUUGUUGGAACAGCUUGGGCGGCAGAACUUGGCGAAGCAGACACCGUUCAUCCCCAAGGAUAGGUUGGAGAAGUCGUACCUUAAGGCAACGAAGAGGUUAUUCUUGUUCGAUUAUGAUGGUACUCUCGCGCCGAUCGUCAAGGUUCCAAGUAUGGCCACUCCCACUCCAGCCACGCUCGAAGCUCUCGAGAAGCUCGCUGCAGACCCAAAGAAUAUCGUCUAUAUCAUCUCAGGACGUGAUGGCGAGUUCCUCGAACAGCAUCUCGGUCAUAUCAAGAACUUGGGUAUGUCUGCUGAGCACGGUGGUUUCAUUCGCGAACCUGGAAGUAAAAUUUGGGCGAACUUCACCGAGAAUUUGGAUAUGAGUUGGAUGGAUGAGGUCCUGGAGAUCUUCAAGUACUACACCGAGCGCACGACUGGAAGUCAAAUCGAAACCAAGAAGAGUGCCAUUACUUGGCAUUACCGUUCGAGUGACCCGGAGUGGGGCUUGUUCCAAUGUAGACAAUGUCAGGACUUGCUCGAGAAUAACUUGGCUCGCAAGCGACCGAUAGAGGUCCUCGUCGGCAAGAAGAACCUCGAAGUUCGCCCGAUCGCCGUCAACAAGGGCGAGAUCGUCAAGCGUAUUCUUUACUUCCACCCUGACGCCGAGUUCAUUUUCUGUGCCGGUGACGACAAGACCGACGAAGACAUGUUCCGUGCUCUUCUCCUUUUCCAGAAUGAUAACUCGAAAGCGGUCCUCGAGGCCCCACUCUCCGUCACCCUCCUCGCUGAUAACGACACGACCAAGUUCGAAUCUGUCGAACUCGCCGUCACGCGUGAUGAUAUUUUCACUACCGCCGUUGGCCACAGCAGUAAACGUACGCUUGCUGUGUGGCACGUCACGACUCCGGAAGAAAUCGUCGAACAUAUGCUUCAUCUCGUUGCCACGUCUGCUGCUCCCGAAGAGAAGAGCAACCUCUGAACGUUGGUCAAAGACGAUGGUCCCCUGACAACUCAAUUCACGAUAUUCACGGCAUCGGACAAUGUCAUGACUGCUUCAAGCUUGGUCUUUUUCGUUGGUUUUUCUAUGCUCAUCUUUCGGGGCACGAUUUACUUAUGGACUGUGACUCUUUUCCUCACUUCACUCACUUUACAACCCAACUUUACAUGUACAAAUUUUUUCAAUCAGAUAUUCACGAGGAAGUAGACAUCCAUAGUUGCAAGUAGCCAAGUUCUUUUUCUGUAUUCAGGGGUCCCAUACCCCAUUUUACACAUGGGAGAGAGAGAAAAUAGAAGAAUUCAUAUCAUAGACAUAGAGAUUUUUGUCUUC